AUGUCGCCUAAGACGCCGCCACCUCGCGGCGAACCACCGCCGGAGAUUUACCAGCAGCGCUCCCAGGCCUCUGCGUGGCCUGACCUUGCUUUCACCGCAGCGUGGUCGCCGAUCGCCCUCCUGCCACGACUCUCCGGCUUUGCGCCUGGCGACGUCUCCCUCCACCAAGCCAUGCCUGCGCUCCUGGUCGAUACGAACGCGCGCCCGGUGUCCUCCAGCGAUGCCUCGACCGCCUCGGAGCACUCUGGCGCCCGCUCCAAGUCGCCCACGCCCGACCGCCCGCCUGUGUCACCUCUCACGCCCACGGCCUCCGCUGCCCAGUUAGCUCCUGUGGAGCGCACCGAAGCCCGACCCCGCCCUGCCCCUCCGCCCACGGCCACCUUCAGACCGCAACCGCCGUCCGUCGCCAUAUCAGAGAGCGAGAACCCAGAUGCCAUCGCCCUGCGCUCCGCCAUCUCGCUCCUGCAGCUGCAGCGCGAAAAGAGCAAGCGCGACCUGAGGGCCCUCCAGGACCUCAAGGCAGCCGCUGUAUCCGACCCGCAGGCGUUCGUGCGGUCGCUGCAAGAACAACGCGCGCAGGCCUCGCAGUCGCACCAGGACAUCCUCACGCCAACACUGGCCGGUCUGUCCGACGCAGCAAGCAGUAGCGAACAAGACGCGAACAGCGCAGACACGCGCAAAGAUUCCACGCACAUGGAGGCGAAGCCAGACCCACCCAAGUUCCCCGCAAUACCGCAGCCGCAGAACAUCGUGCGAUGUCCACCCGUCAACUGGGACAAGUAUCACAUAGUCGGAGAGCCACUAGACAAGAUGCACGAGGAGCAGAAGAAGUGGCCGGGCUCCGCUGAGCCUCCGCGCACAAAGUCUGGCCAACGAGCACCCCCGCACUCAGUGACAGCGCCAUACUCUCCCUUCACUGACGGCGUCAGCGCUGGCUCGUCGUCAACACCCCAACCCACCAAGAACUCCAAGAAGACGCCGUCGUGA